CCCUGCAACAGCCCCCGCAGCUGCGUCUGCUUCCUGCCUGCGGAUUGCAGCCGGGUCAGGGCCCCACCCCGCCCGGCCGAGCAGCGGGGCCCUUUGCAACCCCCCCCCCGCCCCAGGCAUGGGGCGCUGGAGGUUCCUCCUGCAGCCCUGGGGCUGCGGGCGAGCUCCGGGUUCGCUCGCCCCGCGGCCCCCAGCGCGAGGCCUGGCCUCGUCCUUCCCGCUGCCCCGGCAGCCCGUGCCCCCGCUGGCCCAGACGCUGGAGCGGUACCUGCGCUCGCUGGAGGUGCUGGUCACGCCCGAGGAGCUGGAGGAAACCCGGCAGCUGGUGCAGGAGUUCGGGGCACCCGGUGGGGAGGGGGAACGGCUGCAGGCCCAGCUGGAGCGCAGAGCCGCCCGCAUGGAGAACUGGCUCUCGGAUUGGUGGGUGCAGAGCGCAUAUCUGGAGAGCCGCUUACCCCUCACCGUCCACUCCAGCCCAGCCGUCGUGCUUCCCAAACAGGACUACAGCGACUGGAGGGGGCAGCUCCGGUUUGCAGCGAAGCUCAUCGCGGGGGUGCUGGAUUUCAAGGCUAAGAUUGAUCAGCAGGCACUGCUGGUGGAGUACCGGGGAGGGCACCCCCAGUGCAUGGCCCAGUACAGCCGCCUCUUCGCCUCCUGCCGCCUGCCCGGCCCCAAGCAUGAUGGGCUCCUGCUGCCCCCCCCGGGGCGCCGGGCCCCCACUUUCAUCACCGUCGUCCGCAACUUCCAGUUUUUCCAGCUGGACGUGUACAACAGCGAUGGGACCCCCCUCACCGUGGACCAGCUGCACUUGCAGCUGCAACGGGUCAGGGGGCUGUCAUGGAAGACGGACAAGGAGCCGCUGGGGGUGCUGACUGGGGACCACCGGCACACCUGGGGGCAGGCCUACAGCACCCUCAUGAGAGACCGGCUGAACCGGGAGUCGGCCCGGUGCAUCCAGCGCAGCCUCUUCACCGUCUGCCUCGACGCCCCGGUGCUGAAGGUGUCGGACGAGCGCUACCCCAGCCGCGUCGCUGCCCAGAUGCUGCACGGGGGCGGCAGCUACUCCAACAGUGGGAACCGCUGGUUUGACAAGACCCUGCAGUUCAUUGUAGGGGAGGAUGGCGUUUGUGGGGUGCUGUAUGAACAGGCCAUGGCCGACGGGGCGCCCAUAGCCACCAUCAUCGACCAUGUCCUCGAUUACUGCAAGGACCCUGACACGGCACGUGCCCCCAUGACGCCCCUGCCCCUGCCCCCCAAGCUGUAUUUCUACAUCACCCCCGAGAUCCAGUGGGACAUUGAGCGAGCCAAACAGAACCUGGACAUCCUGAUCACGGACCUGGACAUCAGCUGUUUCACCUACCGGGGGUUUGGGCAGGGGCUCCCCAAGCGCUGGGGGUUGCGCCCCGACUCCCUGUUCCAGGUGGCUCUGCAGCUGGCCUACUACAGGACCCACGGCUCACUCUGCGCCACCAGCGAGGUGGUGUCCCUACGGCGCUUCCACCAGGGCCGAACGGACGCCGUGCGCCCCGCGGCCCCCCCUGUGCUGCGCCUGGCCCGGGCCAUGGACACGCCCCACAGCCAGGAUGAGGAGACGCUGUCCCUGCUGCAGGCGGCCGUGGAAUCUCAGAGCGCCAGGACCGAACAGGUGCUGGCCGGGCAGGGCAUCGACCGGCACCUGCUGGGGCUGAAGCUGGCGGCCAUCGGGGACGGGCAACGGCUGCCGGGGAUCUUCAUGGACACGGCCUACGCCAUCGCCACGCACUGCCGGCUGCUCACCGGCCAGGUACAGCCCCCCCGGCACCCCCCAACGAACUCCUCACCUGCCCCCCGGCGCCCCACGCCAUCGCCACGCACUGCCGGCUGCUCACCGGCCAGGUGGCUUCACGCUCCGACUGCCUAAUGGUCUACGGGCCGCAGGUGCCAGACGGCUACGGGGUCUGCUACAACCCGCUGGACGCCCACGUCAACUUCGCCAUCACGGCCUUCAACUGCUGCCGUGAGACCCACGCCCGGCGCCUGGCCCGCACCCUGCACCGGGUCCUGGACCAGCUGGCCCGUCUGCUGGGGGAGAGCCCGGAGGGCGUGGACAGAGACGGGGGCGGAGAUGUGGAGGGGCAGCCCUGACAGACCCCCGCCUACUGCCACGCGCUCCUCUGCAGCACCCCUCGCCCCCUUACCCACCCCCUUGCCCAGAACCCCUCUGCCCCCCGGUUACCCAACAUCCCCUUCUGUGCCUGUUUGCGCCUUACCUGGAAUCCUCUGUGCGUCCUCUGCCAUCCUACCCAGAAUCCCCUUCUGUGCCCCCCUCCCCUCCUUACCCACAAUCCCCUCUGCGUGGGGGGCAGCACCCUCACGUUCACACAGGUAAUUGGGAGACCAAUCUAACUUAUUUUCUGACUGACGGAAAAUGAAUAAAAAUCAUGGUGCCAUUUGUA